CGGAGGCUGUGUUUUCAUUAGUGUAAUGUUCAGAGAAGCUCCAGGAGUUACGUAAGAGCGACGCGCUGUCAUCCUCUCCGGGCCGCCCCUCUGCCUGGCUGGAACGUGGCCGUUUGUUUCCCCGUUUCCACCCUCCCUCGCUCAGGGAAACGCCAAAAGGACAUCUGUCGGAGUGGGCAGCAGGGGACGGGACUCGUAGUCGCUCGGCCGCGGGGGGACCUCGCCGUGGCCCGGCGCCAUGGAGAGGACAAACCUGUGGUGUUGAGGGAAGGAGACGAGCGAUCGCGGAAACGUUAAAUGCGCCGGCGGCCUCCUCCUUCUGUUUGGAGGAUGAGUGACGGAGGUGCAGACGGAGCAGUUUGAUGCCGCCGCCGUCAGAGAGUUAGAAGAUGAAGUUUAAGAAGUUCAUCACAAUCAUGCAGGCGGCCAUAGGGAUCGUGCCCCUGAACAAACGGGAGCUUCUGCCACCCGGCAGGAAGCUGUGGAGACCCAUUGGGGACCAACCUGGCUCCGAGCAGACCAGCACCGACCUGCUCAAGUCCAACCGCAAGUUCCGCUGGUCCAGAGAAGCCCAGUACUUGUACCUUCGCCGCCUCUCCUCACGCAGCUACUCGGCUAUUACCAUGAACCCGGUCAUGGAGGAGACCGUGUGGGAGCAGUACACCGUGACUCUGCAGAGGGAUCCAAAGAUGGGCUUUGGCAUCGCGGUGUCAGGGGGGCGAGACAACCCAAAUGAUGAAAGUGGAGAGACCUCCAUCGUUGUGUCAGACGUCCUGCAGGGAGGACCGGCGGACGGCUUUUUGUUUGAGAACGACCGAGUGAUACAGGUGAACGCCGUCUCCAUGGAGGGGGCCCUCCACUCCGCCGCCGUGCAGACCCUCAGGAAGUGUGGCAAAGUGGCAAAAAUCACCGUCAAGAGGCCGAGGAAGGUUCCAGUAAACAUGCUGAACCGUCCCCCGUCACCCGAUGACCGAGUCUUCAGCAACGACUACAACGAAGAUUACAACUACGAGCAGGACCGCCGCAGCGUCUACAGCGGGCGCAGCGCGCUCGGCCGGGACCACAGCCCGGACCGGGACCGGGACCGGGACCGGGAGCGAGGCGGGGCGGGCUACACGGACUCCGGCUACCAGACGCGCGAGCGGGACUACGAGCGGCGGGAGCGCGGCCGGAGCGUGGAGCGGGACCUGAGUCCCGACCGUCAGUACAGGCGAGACGGCAGCAGAGGUCGCACGCUGGACCGAGAGCGCAGCCCCGACCGGGCCUACAAGGGCGACCCCAGCCCCGACCGCCGCUACCGCAGCGAGCGCGCGCUGGACCGAGGCCACAGCUCCGACCGCCGCUACCGCAGCGAGCGAGCCCUCGACCGCGAGGUCAGCCCGGACAGGCGCUACCGCAGCGAGCGAACGCUGGACCGGGCCGACAGCCCCGACCUGCGCUACGGGCGGGACGGCCACAGCCCGGCGCGAGGCCGCGACCACAGCUUCGAGCGGGGGCGCCAACGCGUGCACAGCGACCCGAGGAAGUACGAGGAGCCGGUGAAGAGGAGCGGCAGCAGGGACCGGCUGGAGCGCUCGCCGUCGCCCGCGGCCAUGCCCAUCCCACUGGCGCGCCCCACCCGGGACUUGCAGCCUCUGGAGAAACCCAUGAAUGUGCUGCUGCUGAAGAACCGGCCCAACGAAGAGUAUGGCCUUCGUCUUGGCAGUCAGCUCUUCAUCAAAGAGAUGACGAGCACAGGACUGGCCUGCAGAGAUGGGAACCUGCAGGAAGGGGACAUUAUACUAAAGAUUAACGGCACAGCGACCGAAAACCUGUCACUCAGCGACGCAGGGAAGCUCAUCGAGAAGUCCCGCGGGAAGCUGCAGCUGGUGGUGCAGAGAGACAAGCAGCAAGUGAUGAUCCGAGUCCCUCCGAUGGCCGACAGCGACUCGGAGCUCGAUGAUAUCUCUGAGAUCGAGUCGUACCACUCCUACUCUCCACAGGAUGAGAGGCGGGGCCUCCCCUCAGACCUCUCCUCACACUCCUCCAAUGAGAGGCUCAGGGAGAAACCUAGAGAGGACCCACCCAACAGGCUGGCAAAAAUGGGUGCCAUGCCAACGCCAUUCAGAGCUCCAGACAGGGCUGUAGAAGACACGCCCCCUUUGAAGGCAGAGAGGGAGGAGCCACGAUCGGAAACUCCCCCAGCCGUCAUGGCUGCCCCGAGGGUUCACGCUGCUCCUAAGAUGACACUGAAGCCAAGCAUAGAGGACCAGGAACUUUUUGGGCCGAACACGGUGAUGGUGCGUUUCCAGAAAGGGGACAGCGUGGGCAUGAGGCUGGCAGGGGGCAACGAUGUAGGCAUCUUCAUCGCUGGCGUUCAGGAGGACAGCGCAGCUGAGCAGGAGGGACUCCGCACGGGAGAUCAGAUCAUGAAGGUUAACAACAUGGACUUCCGAGCCAUGGUGCGAGAGGAUGCCGUCCUCUACCUCCUGGAGAUUCCCAAAGGAGAAGAUGUAACCAUUCUGGCUCAAAGCAAACCUGAAGUGUACAAAGACAUUUUAGCAUCGGGCAGAGGGGAUUCCUUCUUCAUCAGGACCCACUUUGAGUACGAGAAGGAGGCCCCUCAGAGCCUUCCUUUCACCAGAGGAGAGAUCUUCAAAGUGACGGACACUCUUUACGAUGGCAAGCUCGGCAACUGGCUGGCGAUCCGCUCCGACAAAGACAACCAGUUGCGGGAGAAAGGAAUCAUCCCCAACAAGAGCAGAGCAGAGCAAAUGUCCAACGUCCAGAAUGCCGCUCGAGUGGCAUCGGGCAACGACAGAGGAGACUUCUGGAGGCUCAGAGGUCAAAGGGCGGCCAAGAAGAAAGACUUGCGCAAGAGCCGUGAGGAUCUGACUGCAGCUCCAGUUACCACUAAGUUCUCUGCAUAUGAGCGGGUGGUCCUACGCGAAGCUGGUUUCAGGAGGCCCGUGGUCAUAUUCGGGCCCAUUUCUGACGCAGUGAAUGAAAAAUUGGGCAACGAUCUGCCGGGCGAGUUUGUCGUCGCUAAAACGGAGCCCAAAGAUGCAGGAAGUGAGAAGUCCUCCGGGGUGGUGAGGCUAAACACCAUCAGACAAAUCAUUGAGCAGGACCGUCAUGCUCUGCUGGAUGUGACUCCCAAAGCUGUGGACACUCUGAACUACACCCAGUGGUACCCCAUCGUCCUCUUCCUGAACCCAGACAGCAAGCAAGGCAUCAAAACCAUGAGGAACCGCCUCAUACCUGGAUCCACCCGCAGCGCGCGCAAACUGUACGAGCAGGCCCUCAAGCUGAGGAAGACCUGCUCACACCUUUUCACAGCCACCAUUGACCUGAACUCGGCCAACGACGCGUGGUACGGCAGCGUGAAGGACUCCAUCCGGGAGCAGCAGGAGAGAGCUGUGUGGGUGUCUGAGGGCAAGCUGGACGGUUCAGAGGAGGACCUGGAUCUCCACGAAGACGGCAUGUCCUACCUGUCGGCAAUGAGCGCGGACUACCUGAGCAUGGACAGCCGCCUCACCAGCGACUACGAAGACACGGCGGACGAAGGCGGGGCCUACACCGACAACGAGUUGGACGAGACGUUGGACGAGCCCCAGCCGGUGUCCGCCAUCAGCCGAUCAUCGGAGCCCGUGCUGUCGGAUGAGAAACCUCAUCCUGAACCCCGGGCUCGAAUGAAGAAGUCGGGGAGCAGAGAGAGGCUGGACAGAGAGCCCAGCCCUCCCAUCCCCCCCUUUGUCCCUGAACCUCCCAAGGUGCGGGCUCAGACUCGGACUGACUCAUCGCGGAGCUAUGACUCGCGCUCCAGCAGCACCAUCAGCAGCGAUGUAGUGGGCGUAAACAAGCCGCUUCCCCCUCCGGUGGCCCUGAAGCCCACGGCGCACCGUCCAAGCCACGCGUCGGAGGAGCGGAGUCCGGGCGACGAGGACCCCGCCAACAAAUCCUUCCUCGGCAAGAAAAUGGGUGAUCAGAUUAAAGCUUUUGAGAAAAUGGACCAUCUGGCCCGAGCUCAGAGGAUCCUGGAGCUGCAAGAGGCAGAAAAUGCCAGAUUGGAACUUGCCCAGAAGCAUCCUGACAUCUAUGCUGUCCCAGUGAAACAACCAAAACCCAACCUCCACCGGCCUCAGCCAAUCGGUUCAAGCUCCAACCCCGAGCAGCCGCUCAGGCCGCCGUACUCCGAGGCCAGAGGGUACGAGGAAGACGAGGCGGAGUACCGCCGACAGCUGGCCGAUCAGACCAAGAGAGGAUACUACAAUCCUCAGAGAUACAAUGACACUGAGCUGUAGGCCCAGACGCCAGGAAGGAACAUCGUCGUCACUACAGGCGUUCUCUGGCCCUGGGCGCAACUCAAGUUUGUUCGUAUUCAGAUGUAUGAAAAGAACUCCAACUAUUAUUCUGGACACUUUUAAAUGUCAUGUAUUCCAGCAAAUGUCCCAUCCCAAACAGCUUAUUUGCUUUUUUUGCAGAUACCGUCCGGGUCAUUUGUUUUUGGACUGGGACACCAUUUUCUUUAGAUUUUGCAUCUUUACACAAAGGUUUGAACUAAGCAGUCACCAUUUGGUUUAACUAAAACACAACAUUAGCAGUUUAGGAAUGCAGCCAUUUUUACACAUCCCUAAUUUCAGAGGCCGGGCAGACCCUUAUAACCAAAUACUGACUGCUUCUGUUCAAACCGUUGGAUGUUGCAUGAAGAGGCAACCUUUUAAAUAGUGUCAGUCCUACUUAUGGCCCUGACUGUAUUUCAGUGUGUAUAUUGUUUUAAAUUGUCUGAAGGUUUUAUUUUCCCCCAUUAAACAAAUAUAGGCCUAGUUUAUCCCCCAUGCAUUAGCAUCACGUUGUUCCAAAGGAUAAAUAUCCCAGCAGGUGGUUUUGUACUUAUAACCAUUGAAGUCCCCAGCGUCUGCCUGUUAAAACUUUGGAAAGGAACAACUUCACAAAUUGAGCCGCCAUCGUUUUUUUAUAUGAAUCAGAAGUGAUUUAAGGAUUCUGAAUUUGCCAUUACAAAUGUCAGCAGGUGUUGGAUGACCUUCAGGGCUUUUCCGAAAAGCCUCUGUAGAGCUAAAACUAUGAAACUACUCCAAAUAUAUCUAUGUAGAUACAUUACUGUAGAUCUAAUCUAGACUUUUGCAACCAACUAGCAAGCUGCUUUGUGCACCAACAAUGCUCAGACCCCCCUCACCAGUAGCUUUCAUACCACGCAAGAACCUCCCCCUAACCCUUGUCAACUACACAUUUCAGCCCUGACCAGAAACAUGUGCUAAUUUGGGGGUUUUAGAAUUCAUUCCUGAAUGUAGAUAUUUGUCUCCCUCUUUUUCAUGACUUUCCUGCGUGUUCUUAUUCAUGUCGUAUAUAUUUUCCACACACAUGUCUGGGAAGCAGCAUCAAAGUGCCUUAUUGGUAUAAUGUAAGACACUAUAAGGUUCUUUAUUGAAUACAUGUGCUCUGCACACUGACUUCACUAAAAAAAUUCUGGAAAUGCAGUUGUAAUUACGACAUGGCAAAUUAGAGCCUGCAAGCGUUUGGAACAGACAAACCAGGUCAAACGUAUCAGCACUGCAUGUUCACAUGAAG